AUGGAGUCUCUGCUGUCUUCUGCCCUAACUGUGCCAUCGAUUCUGGGUGGCACCGCCCUCGUGGUGGCAUUAACAUGGCUGUUUCGAUUGCUCUUCAACUCCGACUCCGAAAGGCUACCACUCCCCCCAGGUCCUAGGGGCAUCCCCAUUUUUGGGAGCUUGUUCGAAGCCCCGGAGGGUAACAGCCCAUGGCAGACGUACAAACAAUGGAGCGACAAGUACGGACCGAUAAUGUCCAUCAAAAAUGGAUCUUCCAUCUCUAUCGUUAUUACUUCCUAUGAUAUCGUGUCAAAUUUGCUGGAGAAGAACAAUUCUGUCUUCAGCUCACGGCCAAUACCAGUCGUCAUCGAUCGAAUUUCUUUGGGAAUGACAACCUCAUUCUUACCGGAUGGGGAGAAGUGGCGAACCCAUCGUCAUCUUCGUACAAUGGUCCUGUCACCAAAUAUGGCCAAAAGAUACCGCGGAUUGCAAGACCUGGAAAGCAAACAGCUGUUACACGAACUUCUCACCGAUAACCAAUUCUCAGUCUGCUUACGUCGCAGUGCAGUGAGCUUGUUCCUGGCAUUUGCAUACGGAGAGCGGCUACCCAAGGAGACACCGGAGAUCAUUGAACUUGAAGACACCGUCGCUCACAUCGGUCAAGUUUCCGAAUCCACUUUCCGAGGUACUGGGAUGCUUGCAGAGUUCUUUCCUUUCCUUAAGUACCUACCCGGCAACGGAGCUUGGAAGAAGGAAGCCGACCGUAUUUCGGCCAAAUUGAGCGAGUUGUACGUCAAACGUUUCCGUGCCGGCCUGAAUACCGCUUCUUGGAAUUGGACCAAGCAAUAUGCUUUACAGAAAGGUGCUGAAGGCAUGAGUGAACUGGAGCGCGCAUACUGCAUCGGUUCAAUCUAUGAAGCGUCCCUGACUCCAUACGAACUUGUCCGCAUUGUGAUUCUUGCUGCUAUUUUGCACCCAAAAGAGGCCAAGAAGCUGCAGCAGCAAGUCGACGAGGUCGUGGGCAGGGAUCGGUUGCCGGAUUGGGAGGACCAAGAUAGCCUUCCUCUAGUCAGCGCAUUCUUCCGAGAGGCAAUGCGGUGGCGCCCGAUCCCCAAGAAUGCCACUAUUGUUGUCAAUCAAUGGGCAAUGGAUCGGGACCCCAAUGUGUAUGAGGACCCACUAGCUUUCCGACCUCAACGAUGGAUUGAAAACCCUGACCUUCCGCACAUGAUGUACGGCUUUGGCAUGCGAGGCUGUCCCGGACGACACGUCGGAAAAGAUUACAUGUUCAUCAAUGUGGCACGGUUAUUCUGGGCCUUCAACAUGGAAAAUGCGUAUAAGGACGGAAAGAAGGUCGAGUUUGAUGUUGACGCUCUGAUGAACAGUCGGGGUACGGUCUCUUUUUUCAACCAAGUGCCUGAUUUUGAAGCUUCAUUUAACCCCAGGGAUCCCAAAGCCAGAUCGAUAAUUGAGAAGGAGUGGGAGAACGUGGAGAAGGAUGAAGGGAAGAUACUUGCGCAGAGCUUCCCUGCCGGGGUGGGAGCUUGA